AAACUCAACAGGUUUGCAACAAUAGAGUAUUCGACCUUCACGAGAGGUGACGUGCCAACGCCGUGUACAAUUUGCAAACACAUUUUUAUGCAUUGCAAAUAAGGGGGUUUCAAAAGUUUCUGAUCAUUGUAACGUUGAGGAGGCGCACAUGCGCACUGAUGGCUUUCCCCUCUGUCAUUGGGUCAGAGGCGGGGAGUUCUGCGCAAGUGCAGUCAGGGCGGCUGCAGCUCUGAAUGACUCUUUGCUUUAUGGUGCACGGGAGAGUGUCUGUUGCUCAGAGGAGGAAGUACACAAAACCCAGUUUCGCUGUGAAUGAAGUGCUUAGUUUACAUCCGAAAAGAUGCUGGCAUUUUUCCUGAUUGGCUUUCUUGUGCAUCUUGUCUUCUUUGCCGCAAUUUUUGACAUCUACUUUACUUCUCCCCUGGUCCACGGAACAACUCCUCACCGUGUCCCUCGUGAACCACCGGCGAAACGUCUCGUUCUCUUUGUUGCUGAUGGAUUACGUGCUGACACGUUUUUUGAACUGGAUACGGAGGGACAAACACGUUCGCCAUUUCUCCGGAAUGUGAUCGAGCACAGUGGAAGCUGGGGAGUGUCUCACACCCGGGUUCCCACUGAAUCCAGGCCAGGACACGUGGCUUUGAUUGCAGGGUUUUAUGAAGAUGUCAGUGCUGUUGCUAAAGGUUGGAAAGAGAACCCGGUUGAAUAUGAUUCUGUUUUUAAUGAGAGCAAACACACCUGGUGCUGGGGAAGCCCUGACAUUUUACCAAUGUUUGCAAAAGGUGCCAGUGGUGACCAUGUUUAUACCCACAUGUAUCCAGCUGAAAAGGAGGAUUUUGCUGCUGCAGACGCCUCCAAACUGGACACUUGGGUAUUUAAUGAAGUAAAGAAUUUUUUUGAAUAUGCCAAAAGUAAUGAAACACUUUCAAACAAAAUGAAGGCAGAUCAAGUUGUAUAUUUCCUGCAUUUACUUGGCCUGGACACAAAUGGACAUGCUCACAGGCCAAAGUCACGCGAGUACAUGGAAAAUAUCCGAACAGUAGACAAGGGCGUCCAGGAAGUUGUAUUACUCAUUGAAGAUUUCUUUGAAAACGAUAAGAAAACUGCCUUUAUCUACACGUCUGAUCAUGGGAUGACAGAGUGGGGUUCCCACGGUGCAGGACACCCUUCUGAAACCCUCACCCCUUUGGUUGCAUGGGGAGCUGGAAUAAAUGGACGUCAACCUGGUUCAAACCAACAGUUUCAGGAUGAUUUUCUCCAAGAAUGGAAAUUAAAUGAUGUGCGGAGGUUAGAUGUGAACCAGGCCGAUAUUGCUCCAUUGAUGGCUUCUCUCAUUGGAGUCCCUUUUCCUUUAAAUUCUGUGGGCAUUUUACCGUUGGAGUAUUUAAACAAUACUGAUCAGUUUAAAGCUGAAUGCAUGCUAACAAAUGCUGUGCAAGUACUGGAACAAUUUAAGGUUAAGAUGACUCACAAGAAAAAAAACACCCUGACCUUCUUGUUUAGCCCCUUCAAAUCCCUUCCACUUUCCAAAGAACAGGACAUGCUUCGAACAGUGAGAUUGUAUAUUCAGCAACAUCAGUAUGAUGAAGCAAUAAAACUUUGCAAGUCUCUAAUAAAACUUGGUUUGGAAGGACUCUCUUAUUAUCAUACCUAUGAUCGCAUCUUCUUGGGGACUAGUGUAGUUCUAGGAUUUUUGGGCUGGAUAUCGUAUGCUUUUGUUCUGAUUGUCAAAUUCCACACAAAGUUAACCAAGCCAAUCUCCAAACUGGAUAAGCUGCCGAUCGACCAUCUCCUUCCUGUGAUAUUCAUUGGAGCUGGUGUAAUGAUAACAUUGUUUCUGAUGAUUCAGAGCUGUCCGUGGACCUAUUAUAUUUAUUGCCUGCUUCCAGUCACUGUGUGGUACGCAGUAAUAAAGGAGUUUAGAGUCAUUAAAAAUAUAUUCAAUUUAUUUUUAACACUUCCCCCUACAAAGUCCAUUGGCUAUUUAUUACUUUUUAUCAUGGGGAUUGAAACCAUGGUUGUGAGUUUCUUCUGCCGUGAAGUCCUUUCACUUGGUCUGGUUGCCUUUGCUGGCUGGCCACUGCAAUCCAAGCUGUUUUAUCGCAAUAAGGCUAUGUCUUUAAGUUGGAUUUCUUUCUGCUUCGUCCUGGCUUUGUUUCCAUUAAUGCCAGUUGUUGGAAGAAGUCCCAAUAUUACAUUUGUAACAGGAGCUGGAUUGCUCACUAUCAUCUGCACUUUUGUCUUUUGCACUUCAAUCAAGAUGGCAAAGCAACAAACAUUUGAGGCCAAAGUGAAAAAAAGUAUAUACGUGGCACAGUCGCUGAUCAUUGUUCUGUCACUCUACAUUGUGAACACCACACACUCCAGUUUGGCUUUUAAACAUGGGUUGCCGCUAAUCAAUCAGAUUAUCAGUUGGACAAUUCUAGCUUCCUCCUUACUGAUACCUCUGAUUAGCUCAACAUUUAUCUUUCAACGACUGCUAAGCAUUUACCUCUCAUUAAUGUCCACCUACCUCUUGUUCAGUACAGGAUACGAAGCUUUAUUUCCACUUCUGCUAUCCUGCUUGACAUUUGUUUGGAUCAGUCUGGAACAAGAGACGAUCCAGUUUCACGAUAUUUCUCCAGUUCCAAAGUUGUCCCAAAUGGAUUUUGCCCAGAAGGUUGACACCACUCAGAUUCGACAACUUAGACUAGAUGAUAUAAGACGGUCUUAUUUCUUUAUUUUCUUCAUUGUGACAGCUUUUUUUGGCACUGGAAAUAUCGCAUCUAUCAACAGUUUUGAUCCUGCAUCUGUCUACUGCUUCUUGACAGUUUUUAAUCCUUAUGCAAUGGGAGCAUUAAUGAUGUGGAAGAUAUUAAUUCCUUUUGUGAUUGUGAUGUGUGCAAUUGAAAGUAUUCAAGUUUCAACUCAGUUAUCAUCAAACAGUCUUUUUCUGAUUGUUCUUUUAAUCUCCGACAUCAUGGCUUUGCAUUUUUUCUUUUUGGUUAAAGACAGUGGAAGUUGGCUGGACAUUGGAACUAGUAUCAGUCAUUAUGUCAUCGUGAUGUCCAUGACCAUAUUUCUCAUGCUCCUAAGUCGCUUGGCUGAGAUACUGACUACAGGGAGAAUAAGAUUUCAAGGAAAAAUCAAGCAGCAUUUCACAUGACCAUUGAGUAACACAAACGAAUAAAAACUCCAUCACUCUCCACGUGCAUUUGGGUUGGAUUAAGAUGAGUAACAUGGUGUGCAGUUGAUCACUGAAGCCUUCUGUCCACAACCUCCCUAAAAACUAGGAGACAUAAGCAACUGAAUGCUUGGGACAAUUUUCCAAGCAUUAAGUGAGUUUUGUAAUCACAUUGUUUUUGUACUAUUUAAUUCAAAUUGUGCCAAAGUGCUGUUGCUCUAAUAUGGUACUGGGAGCACUGAGAAAAUGUAGAUAUCUGGCACAGCCAAUUAAAAAAAAAAUAAUCUGAUGGAAUCUCUGCACCCAAAUCAAGCAGCUCUAUACAUCUUGCAUGAACAGUUGAAUUUAUAACAAUAUAAAUAUAUGAUCAAUUGUGUCUACAGAGGCCUCAAUGCCAUUUGGAGUACACCACUUCAAUUUUGUGUGUGUGAUGGGUAAUGUGCUGCAGUGAAUGGUCAGAUCAUGGAACUGGCAAUGUAAUGAAAUUAAGGAGGGAGCAAGUCUGCUGGUGAUAAUUAAUGCAGGGAAAUAUUAAAUUUAAA